AUGUGCUGUGUUUAGAUAAAAUGGAGCCAAUGGAGAUUAAUUUCCACAACACAAGGGAAAGUGCAUAGGAAGUGAGGGCGUGCAUAGGAAAUAGUUAUUGUUUAGAAAGGAAGAGAACUGUUUUUCGCUGUGCUGAGCAGAACCGAGGGCUUGUUAUCUGCACCACAGCAAUGUGAGUGCGGGCUGGGAUUUGUGUGGGGGCAGGAAGGGCUUGAGGCAGGUUUGUGAGGGGCUGAUUAGUGCUGGCUAAUAGUGAUACACAGCCGGGGGGAGCAGUAAGGGAACAGGGCUGAGGUGUUCUGAAACUCAUUGGGGAUCAUCGGGAUGCGGCAGUGCCGACUGCUGCUCGGGGUACGGCCUGCAGCGCCUGGAGCGGCCUGGGCAGUGUAUUGGGCCGCCAUCUUGCUUGGCGGCGCCAUCUUGUUUAGCGUCACUAUAGCAACGGAGCCCGGUGGCCGCCAUCUUGUUUAGCGUCGCCGUAGCAACGCGCUCGGUCGGAGCGGAACGGCCGUUUCGUUUCGCCGUCUCCACACUGACCGGCCAUGGCGGGUCGGUGCCGGCUGGAGGAGCUGGAGCUGAGCCCCGAGGAGCUGCAGCGGCUGCAGCGGGCGUUCCGCGAUCAGCGCUUCCGGGAGCUGUUCGCCGAGUACGCGGCCGAGCUGAACGACCCGGAGCAGCGGCGGCUGUACGAGCAGGAGGUGACGGCCCUGGAGCGGCAGCGCGGCGUGGAGCUGCGCUUCAUCCACCCGACGCCGGGUUACGUGCUGCGCACCAGCCAGGCCGGCUCCCGCCGCUGCUACAUUAACGUGUGCAGUAACCCGCACAUCGCCCCGCCGCGGGUCCGCCCCGAGCCGGGCGGGCAUCGCUGGGAGCUGCCGCACAGCCUGGCUCCGGGCCGCGAGGAGCUGUGCCGGCCCGGCCGCCGCUGCGUGCUGUACGACGUGGUUUUCCACCCCGCCGCGCUCCGCCUGGCCGCCCGCAGCGCCCGGUUCCGCCGGCUGCUCAGCGACGCGGCGCUGGAUGCGGUGGACGGACAAUUCUCCGCGCAGCUCGACCGCAGCAACGCCUCGGUGCUGCGCGGCACCCGCUACAAGGGCGUCCCGCAGGCUCCCGUCAUCCGCUCCCCGCUGCCGGGCGCUGCCCCGCGGCCGCCAGCCGACACCGACACCGGCACCGACACCGACCCGCUGCUGCCGCCGCUGCCCCCUCCUCCCGCUCCUCCUCCCGUCCCUCCUCCCGCCGCUCCCCCGCCGGCUCCCGUUCCCAGCGCUCCGCCGCCCGGCCCCACCACCCCGCGCUGGAGCCUCCGGCACCGCUCCUACGUGGACCUGCAGGAUUACCGCUGCGCCCGCGACUCGGCGCCCGGCCCGGUGCCCCGGGAGCUGGUGGUGACGGUGGAGCUGCCGCUGCUCCGCUCCGCCGCGCAGGCCGAGCUGGAGGUCCGCCCGCGGGAGCUGCGGCUCGACUCGCUCCGUCCCGCCUACCGGCUGCGGCUCCGCCUCCCGUACCGCGUGGACGAGAGCGCGGGCCGCGCCGUGUUCGACAAGGCCAAGCGGCAGCUGCUGGUCACGCUGCCCGUGGUGCCGCCGCCCGGGGAGCCCGCUGAGGGGCUGCGGGAAGAGCCCCGGCCCGGCCCGGAUCUCCCCGAGGAGCCGCCGGCCGUUUCCCCCCCGCCGCCCCGCUCCGAGGCCGCUUCCCCGAGCGCCGGCCCCGAGCCUGGAGCCGCUUCCCCCGCUCCGAGCUCCGGCUCCGAGCCGCUUCCUCCCGCCGGAGCCCCCUCUCCGUGCCCGCCCGAGAGCGGCCCCGACCCCAUGGCUCAUCCCCGGGCCGGGGGUGACUCCGGUCCCGCCGCUGCCUCGUGCCCUCCGUUCCAGUGCCGGCAGGACGAGGCCUCCCUCACCCUGCUCCUGCUGGUGCCCGGCAUCCAGCCCCACAGCCUCAGCGGGGACGUGGCCAACAACCGCUACAGCGUCCGCUUCUCCAGCGGUGCUGUCACCUACGGCCUCAUCCUGCAGUUCCCCACCGCCAACAGACUGGCUGCCCCCGAGACCAGCGUCAGCGUGGGCGCCCACAACGCUGCCAUCCUGCUUGCCAAGGCCACGGAGAGCACCGGGCUUUGGGACAAGUACUGCUUCGGCUCUGACGCCUCUGCUCUGCAGGAGAGGUUGUUUGUCAGUGAAGAAAACGUUGAUGGAUUCCUAGACACUGUUCUGUGCCCCUCCUCGUGCACGCAGUCGGACCUGGAAGCUCAGCCGUUAAUUGAGGUGCUCGAUGUGUCUGAGGACAGAAGUCAGAUCAGGCUGAAGGAGCAGGAAGCAGCCUGUUCUGAACGUGAUGAAACCAAACAAGCAGCGAGCAGCUCAGGAGGAGACUCUGAUGUGAAGAACAACGGGGACCAACUCCAAGUAGAGCCAGAGCCAGAGCCAGAGCGUGCUGCCAGUGCCACGGCUGAGGGACAGCCUGCAGAAACACAGCGAGCUGCCACAUCUUCUGUAACAGCUGAAACAAUAGGAGAAGUGGAUGGAGGUUCACAGCAUUGUUUGCAGCAGGAACCUUCUGACACCGGUGCAGCACUUCCUGGCAAACCCGGGGGAAAAGAACAAGCUUUAGAUGAGGCAUUCGAAGGGCUGGGGCUGGAGGGGGGGGCAGGGAGCACAGCUGCAUCCCCACUCCUGCAGGAGGUGGGUGCGGAUGGGAGCGUGCAGAGCAUUGCAGACCACAGCACACACUGCAGCAUUGCCUUCCAGAACUCCGUGCUGUAUGAACUGGACUAAGGGGCCACGCCAGCGUUUCCUCCUCUUGUUUGACUCUGGUUUGUGUGGCUGCAGGGCUGAAAGCAGAACUGGGUUCUUUCUGAAACUUUAAUCUGUCAGACGAAGAAUACUUCAGCCAUUAAUACUUUCUGAAGGUAAUAGGUCUAAGUUUCCUUUAAUCAUACGUAUGGGUUGAAAUAAUUUUGCGGACAGGAACGAUGCAGCUGAAGCUCCGCGCUCCUGGAAGACGGUGCCUCUUUAUUGUUUAUGUAACUUUCUUAAUGUGUUGCCAAAUUACACAGAGUAGUUGUAUAUCCUCCUCCUAAUGGCUCCCUCAGGAGCCGCUGUGUUUAGUCCACCUAGAAAUGAACAGUGUUCAUCAUUUGCUCAAACCCUUCAUUUUGUGAUAACUGCAGGAUUAGGCAGCCGCCGAGUUCUAGCAAUCAAAUGAAAUUCCUAAUUACACGGAGAAGUUCUAAUUAGUCUCCUAGAAAUAAUUAGCAUUUAUACCGCAUAUUCCGUCCUAGUACAUGUUUUCAGCGAUGCAGCAUCCAAGCACAGCCCCGUCUGUCAGCUGAACAAACACAACCGUACAAUAAAACCAUGCUGUCUUGUGGCUGUCCGCUCAGCGCAGGCGACGUCUGGAGCUGAUUCCCUUCAUCCAGAUGAGAUGUGCUGUGAGUGCAGCACGCUGCAGGCUCCUCCUCCCCGAAGUGCAAUAACCAGGAGAACAAAUCUGCAGUAAACUUUCAAUUCCUGUUCUGACCGCUUCUGCUUUUUGAGUCGAACGAGACCACAGCUCUCAGAACGCAGUGAAAUGGGACGUGGUUCACAGCUGCUCUGGAAUCACCCCCACGGUGCAGCACAAGUCCAUAGGGACGGCAGCCCUGGGGGUGGGGGCUGUGCAGGAGAGGGGAGCCCACAGUGGAGGGAUGGGAUGAGCCAACACAGCCUGCACUGCUGUUCUCAGCAUCAGCCCUGACCGUGGCACUGUGAAAUGGAGCCAGUACCACAGCUCAUACAAAGUCUUGGCACUCAAAUUACCCGUAACAGAAACGCAGUUAAUCAUGGCACGUGCAGAGUGAACAGUUUGUAUUAUUUGGACUGUUUCACAGAGCUUGGCUUGCUCUGGAAGGAGCACGUAGGUGACACACUCACAGCCUAAAGCAGAAGGGCAGCGCUGCCCAUGACCCUGUGCACAGGGAGCUCUUGUCACUGGUCUCAUAACACCAGCUCUAUCCCAUCCCAUGAGAAAGGAAGUUGAGUUUUCACAUUCCCUCAACAUAAGACGUACCAUAAGUCCCUCUGCCUCCUUCACCCACAGCUUCAUUUGCUUCCAUGCUCAUGUCCCACACAACCUCCCUGCUGCCAGCAGUGCUGUGCCAUCACCUUAACGCAGACUGAUGAGUGCUCAGUGUUAACGAAGGGCUCUGCUGCUCCCACCUCCAUUCAGCCCCUUCCAUCGCCCAGCACUGCUCCCACCUCACACCGUUUGUAUUUGCUCCAGUGCAAGCUGGGGGCAUCACACAGCUGUUGUUCUAUUCUACCUCAAUUACAGCCACUCAUUAAAACCACAGCAGAGUUCAAUGGACACCGCCCUGUAUCCCGGCUCCACAGCAACACAAGGGACCGUCACCUUUUGGGGAUAAUGAACAACUCCAGCAUUACAAAACAACUGAAUUUUAUUUUGGCGGAACUAAAAAACCUGUAUAUAUUUAUCUACAUCGUAGUAAAAACAAUGAUUUCUUUUAUCCUUCAUAUAUUCACCAACACGCGGCCGACCGCCCGGCACCGCGGGUCGCAGGGAGGCAAUGCAGCACACGGGACGUGGUGCAGAACAAGGAGCCGAGGUGAACAGUGAGCACCGCAGUGUGUGCUUCCAGCAGAGCUUCCUCCUCCUCAUCCUCCUGCAGCUGAGCACAGCACGGAGCACAGCACACAGCAGCCAUCCAUGCUGCUCCUGCAGCCCGGCUGCUGAGCUCCGCACACGACAGAUGAACGUUCUGGGACACCUUUGACAUGAACGUUUAUUCAUAUUAAAGCAGAAACCAACUCAUAAA